UUUACAGCAAGGCACAGACUACGAAGUUUAGAGGUAGAUUCUAGUUCAAUAAAAUGUGAAACUCUGAAUUCAGCCGGACCUUGCCGUCUGAGAAAAGGUCAUAUCUGUUGUAUUAAUCUUUGUCGUGCACACUGAUGUUUUGGAUUGAUCUUGGCCCCAAAUCGAUGACAUUUAGGUCCCACGCACCUUCCCAGCCUGACGUUAGCCAGAGUGCUGCUUUAAUGUUAACGUUAGAUAGCUAGUUUUUGCAACAGAUCAUUGUGAGUAUAAAUUUGCACGUAUUCUUCUUAGUUUUUGAACAGUCACCUAACCAUUAUGGAAAUUCUUAGUUUACUAUGUUCAUUAUGUAAUGUUAAUGUCAUAACAGCUUGUUAAGUCUUCUGACCGUUUGCAUUGGAGGUGGUUGUGAGAAUUUGAAAAAACGUUAGCAGCUACCAGGCAAGUGGUUUUGUUGCUUACGAGUUUGUCUCGUCAGCAUGUUUCUGUACUAAUACACAACGACGAUAAUUCAGUGGCAUAAACUCUGCUUCCGUUCCGCCUUUCCUUUUGAUACCAAGUGUAUGAACUCCUAUGGCUCAGCUGUGGCCAGACAUACAGACUGUUUUACCUGUCAGCGAAACAGAGUUUAAUCUCAACUUUAGUGAGAAAAUUGAGUUAAGUCUUGUGGACAUUUUGAAGCAAGCCAAGCACCAGUUGUACAACAAAAAGGCAACACAGUCUUGGAUUGACAAGGCUCAGAUCGUUCUUGACUUCUCUUGGGAGAAGCUGAACACUGGCACCUGGCGUGAUGUGGACAAGGAAUGGAGGCGUGUCUAUUCUUAUGGCUGCCUCUUCAAAGUGACUGCUCUGUGUUGUGGAGAACUCAGUCAGUGGAAAAUCCAUGAGGCAAUUAAAACGUGUGACAUGGGACUACUCAUGGGAGCCUCCAUCCUGGAUGAUGUACUCCAAAAGCUUGUGAGGGUGCUGCAGAACAAAGCAAAAGCCUGGCAGAGCAGACAUGCAGAUCAAAGUGAAGAGCCAGAUAAAAAGAAAAUCAGGAAAGAAUGUGACUCUACACCUGUGAUCAAGCCAGCCAAAGCAGUGCCCAGGAUUCACUGUCCAUCCUUGGAGCAUUUUAGGACAGAAUUCCUUGACACCCAGAGGCCUGUAAUAUUGGAGGGUAUUAUUGAUCACUGGCCUGCUUUUAAGGAGCACCUAUGGAGCAUAGACUAUCUACGAACCGUGGCGGGGUGUCGAACAGUACCAGUGGAAGUAGGCUCCAGGUACACUGAUGAGGCCUGGUCGCAGACUCUAAUAACUGUCAGUGAAUUCAUAGACCGCUACAUUGUUGGAGAGGGAAGUACUGGUAAAGGUUACCUUGCACAGCAUCAGCUCUUUGAUCAGAUCCCUGAGCUGAAAGAAGACAUUUGUAUCCCUGACUACUGUUGUCUUGGUGAGGGAGAGGAAGAUGAUAUCAGCAUAAAUGCUUGGUUUGGACCCAGAGGAACCGUCUCCCCACUCCACCAGGACCCCCAGCAGAACUUCCUGGCCCAGGUGGUGGGCAGGAAGUACAUUCGUCUGUACUCUCCACAGGAGACAGUGAAACUCUAUCCCCAUCAGUCCCAGCUCCUCAAUAACACCAGCCAGGUGGACGUGGAGAGCCCAGACAUUGCCCGUUUUCCUGAUUUCCUGAAAGCGUCCUAUGAGGAGUGUGUCCUUCAGCCUGGUGAGGUCCUGUUCAUCCCAGUCAAGCACUGGCACUAUGUACGCUCGUUGGAACUGAGCUUUUCUGUCAGCUUCUGGUGGUCAUGACACAAGACAUUGCCCCAAGACACGAGGCUCCAACACUGAUAUAAUGCCCGUUGUUUUUCAAAACCAUGAUUUGAAAGAAAUAUUUAUAAUAUUUAUAAAACAAAAACAAAGUAAACAUUUACAACAUUUACAUCAAUUCAGGGAGUAAUAAAGUGCUUAUGCUAUUCACACAUGCUGAGAAUGCUGGACUGUCCAACUACCCACAGAUUUCGAAUGGCAGUAACUUGGUUAACCACUAGGUGGUGCAGUGGCUCUUGUAUGUGACAGAUGGAGAAGGCUAAGAUUUGACUUUUUACCAAAACUGAAAUAAAAGUAAUGAACUGAAAUAAAGUUAUAAGAUCCUAUAAACAUUAA